AUGGCGGCGACCUUGUGUGGGAAAUUAUUACCUAAAAAAGGAUGGCUCCCCCUGACUCAAAGCAUCCGACACGGUUCCAAAGCCGUCACCCGCCAUAGAAAACCGAUGCACUUCCUCAAACAGAAGCUGAUGGCCGUGACGGAGUACAUCCCACCGAAACGGGGCCCUCCCCCUGGCGCGUAUCGGCCGCAAACCCCUGUUUCCCAGGAGCAGGAGAGCCCCUUUACGAGGAUGCUCAAGCGAGACCUAGCUGCAGUCUUCCAGGACUGCAAGAUGGUUGCCGUGGUGCAGAACAACGGCUCCACCUCUGAAGACAUGUUGAUGCUGAAGAACAGGUUGCACAAGCACGGCAUUAAGGUCAAGUUCUUCCCCAACGAGGUGAAGCGAUCCUUUAUCCGUGGGAGCAUCUAUAGCAACAUGGCGCCUCUGUUUAUCGGACCCACGGUGCUUUUGGUCAGCGAAGAGCCCAAAGCCAAGGAAAUGCUGUCCACGCUGCGAGUCAGUCCGCAGAUGGUCCUAUUAGGAGCAUGCAUAGACGGCACUCUGCUGAGCGUACAAGGCGUGGCGAACUACGCCAGGCUGUCCAAGCUCGCCGUGGUUCAAGGCGAGCUAGCUGGCGGUCUUAGUGCGCCGGCGUCGCUCACCGCCAACUUGAUGCGACGACAUCCCGCUCAUUUGACAGCGUUGCUGCGACAGUACGUAGAGCAGCAAGGUAAAGAGGCCUGA